CCAAGUCGCAGAUGAGGAGUCAGGACGAAUUCGCGUGUGGAACGCGCUCAUAUAUAGGUCGUCAGGGAGCCAGGGGCCGGAGCGAGGACCGUUCCCGCCUCGACGUCCAUCCCCCCUCCCCCUCGUCCUCCGCCACCGUGCGUUUGUCCUUCGCCACAGCGCGCUAACGACAAGCUGGCGUCCAACAUGCCAACGUCGGGCUUCACCCUCACCGAUGGGGAAGUCCAGCAGAUGAACCACAUGAGCGCGGGGGCGGCGAUGGGGAGCUUCUUCCUGUGCUCGAUGAUCCUGGUGGUAUCCGCUUUGGUAUACCGAUGCCCUCCUGCACGACCAGCACUCAACCGCAUCAGUUUCCGGUUAUUGCUAUGGACAAUGGUGAUGGAACUCCUCUACGACAUCUCAUACACCGUUUGCGUCCUCCUCAAGGAGGACGACAACCGGGGAGCUUGCACGGCUUCGGUGUUUGGGAUCUUCAUGUUCGUCGGCAUUACAAACUACCUCGUCACCUGCGUGGCGCUCAAUCUAUGCCUCGUCCUCGUCUUCGGCGUCAACGUGCUGAAGCUGGAGAAAUGGUACAUCAUGGGCUCGUUCGCAGUAGGAAUAUUUGUGCCCAUCGUGCCGGCGGCCUUGGGGAAGUUUGGCUGGGAUCCUCUCCUGUCCGUCUGCUGGGUUACUGUCGAAGACCCCAAUUCAAGGAUCGUGAUGUUCGUGAUGGCGCUCUACUUGUGGCAGCUCCUCAGCUGCUUGCUGGCGACCAUCUUCGUGGGCAUCACCCUCGUGACGCUCUACAUGCAGGGCAGGAAGCGCGAGCGGUCGCUCAACAGCGGCACUCGCGUCGGGCAGGUCACGCUGAAGGAGCAGGUCUCUUCCGGCGGUGAGAGCUCGGAGAACGGCACGAAGACGGGGUCGAAGACGAAGACGGGCACGACGACCAAGACGAAGCAGCAGAAGAGCGCGAGUACGCGGACGUUCCGCGACCAGUUCAUAUCGGUCGCUAUUCGCGUGUCUGCGUACCCUAUCGCUCUGAUCGUCGUCAACGCUUUUAUCGCUUUCGCCGACCUUACCAUCUCUGUACACGGCGACGUUGACUCUCGCGGGCUCUACGCAAUCUAUGUCAUCUAUUACUUCCUCUAUGGCGCAAGAGGAGGGAUCUUCGCCGCUAUCGCGCUCUUCGUCGAUCCAUCGCUUACCCGCGGCGUGUCCAUCAUGUACAAGUACUGGCGCAACGGUGGUCACAUCGACACCAGCAUGCCCGUCAGCUCUGGUCAGCGCUCAGAUACGCAGUUCGCCGGCGCCACGAGCACCCUCCACGGCGGCGUCCUCGUCACCGUGGAGCUGCAGGAGUUCGGGAACAGCACCGAGCACCUACCCAAGGUAUCCGGCGCCGGCGAGGCGGACUACGAUCGCGAGGAAGAAGAGGAAGAGGUCAUGGACGAUAAGCCGGACGUCGAGGCCAUCGACGGCACGCGCUUUUCUUGGAAGAGCCCCAAGGAAGAUGUGGAGGCGCCUGCCAUGACCGAAGGCCGUCCUGCGACGCGCUUCGCCAAGAAGGAGAAUAAGCGGGCGAUAGCUCGUCAGCGGAAGCUUGAGGCCCAGGCAGCGUUCGAGCAAGCCACGGCACAGCUUUAGAUUGUACUCUAUACCUAUUGUAUACGUAACAUUAUUUCUCGUAACGCGCGUCGGAGGGCACAGGGGAAUCUGGGCAGGAGCAGCACACCACGCUGUCGGUUUUGG